UAUCUUAUUUUGUUCAUUUUGUUGUUCUUCUGGUUGAAUUAUUUUGACGGUCGACACCCGGAAGUGAUCGUCUUCACUGCGGCUGAGUGUUUUAGCAACAUGGCGUCCAUCAUGUUUAGUUUGUGAACGAGUCCCGUUGUUGUGCUGAGAAAGAGUCUCUGGCACCAACAGCGAGGAGCCGCCAGAGCCUCCGUGUGUCCGGAUAAAGCUGCUGCACUCCGGCUUCACCUCGGACUCAUCUCCCGGGAGCCUCCGGAGCUACUGGAGGUAGCUUAGCAUGCUAACCGGAAGUUAGCCUCGCAGCGCAGCUCAGAGUGAAAACAGAGUUCGUGGAGAAAAGUUUCGAGCGAUGGAAAUGAGUAAAGUCCAGGUGCUGAGAGCGUUGGUGAAGCAGCGACUGAGUGCGGCUGCUGAAGAGAUAUUCGGGCUGUUUGAAAGGACGAUAUCAGAGUACGAGCGGGAACUCUGUCGGUCCAAAGAGGAGAACCAGAGACACCGGAAGCUGCUGGACGCUGUGUUCCAGCCUGAAGUCCGGCUGCACAGAGCAGUGAGUCCUGCAGAUGUCCAGCAGCUGUCACAGAGCAAAAAAGAGAUUCUCCCUGAGCAGCAGGAGUUGAGCCCCAGUCUGGACCAGGAGGACCCGGAGCCCACACACAUCAAAGAGGAAUGGAGUCCCAAUGUGGACCAGGAGGACCCAGAGCCCACACACAAUAAAGAAGAAUGGAGUCCCAGUCUGGACCAGGAGGACCCAGAGCCCACACACAUCAAAGAGGAAUGGAGUCCCAGUCUGGACCAGGAGGACCCAGAGCCCACACACAUCAAAGAGGAAUGGAGUCCCAGUGUAGACCAGGAGGACCCAGAGCCCACACACAUCAAAGAGGAAUGGAGUCCCAGUGUAGACCAGGAGGACCCAGAACCCACACACAUCAAAGAGGAAUGGAGUCCCAGUGUAGACCAGGAGGACCCAGAGCCCACACACAUCAAAGAGGAAUGGAGUCCCAGUGUAGACCAGGAGGACCCAGAGCCCACACACAUUAAAGAGGAAUGGAGUGCCAGUCUGGACCAGGAGGACCCACCAGAGCCCCGACAUAUUAAAGAGGAACAGGAGGAAUUCUGGUCCAGUCAGGAGGGAGAGCAGCUUCCAGGGCUGGAGGAGGCUGAUAUCACCAAGUUCCUAUUCACUCCUGUCCCUGUGAAGGGUGAAGAAGAAAAAGAAGAUGAAGAGAAACCUCAGUCCUCACAGCUUCAUCAAAGCCAAACGGAACAGAUGGAAGCAGAAGCUGAAGGAGAGGACUGUGGAGGACCAGACCCAGCCAGAAACUCUGAUCCAGAUACUGUUUUACAACCGGAGACUGAAGACCGUGAUGGUGACUGGGAUGAAACCAGUGAACCCCAGUCAGGUUUAAACUCUCUGAGUGAUGCAACAUGUGAUACUGACUGGAAACGAUUCAGUUGCUUUGAGUACGGUGAAACCUUUUCCAACAAUCGUGGUGACACUGGUUUUUGGAAAGACAACAGGAAACCACAGCUCGAUUUAAACACUUUGAAAAAUAAUAUAAUACCAGCAGGUGAAAAGCGAUGUAAUAAAGACAGAAACUCAUUAGGCUCCCCUGAGUAUGGGAACAGUUUUACCCAAAAGAUACCCAUGAGAAUCCACAAAGGAGAGAAACUAUUCAGUUGCAGUGUUUGUGAAGGAAGAUUCAUUCGGCACCAUCAACUGAAAACCCACAAGUGUGUUGAUGGGUCCUCCCCAAAAACGGAUAAACGGUUUAGCUGCUCUGAGUGUGGGAAAGGAUUUUCUGUAAGGCGAGAUUUACGGAAUCACAUGAGAACUCACACAGGAGAGAAACCUUUCAGCUGCUCUGAGUGUGGGAAAGGAUUUUCUGUAAGGCGAGAUUUACGGAAUCACAUGAGAACUCACACAGGAGAGAAACCUUUCAGCUGCUCUCAGUGUGAGAAAAGAUUUACUGUACAGGGACAUUUGCAGAAUCACAUGAGAACUCACACAGGAGAGAAACCCUUCAGCUGCUCUGAGUGCGGGAAAAGAUUUAAUCUAAAGGGACAUUUGCAGACACACAUGAGAAUUCACACAGGAGAGAAACCCUUCAGCUGCUCUGAGUGUGGGAAAAGAUUUACUCAGAUGGGACAUUUGCAGAAACACAUACGAUCUCACGCAGGAGAGAAACCGUUCGGUUGCUCUGAGUGUGGGAAAACAUUUACUCUGAAGGAAAAUCUGGACAUCCACAUUAGAACUCACACAGGAGAGAAACCAUUCAGCUGCUCCGAGUGUGGGAAAAGAUUUACUCAAAAGGGACAUUUACAGAAACACUUGCAAGCACACGCAGGAGAGAAACCAUUCAGCUGCUCUGAGUGUGGGAAAAGAUUUACUCACAAGGGAGCUUGGAAGACACACCUGAGACUCCACACAGGAGAGAAACCCUUCAGCUGCAGGGUUUGUGACAGAAGAUUCACUUGGCGUAAACAACUCAAAAACCACAAGUGUGGUGACGAGUCCUCACAUGAAAACCAACCUGAGGAGAACCGAGAGGCAGAGCCUCGAGCCAGCAGCUCAGCUGAACAGAUGGAAGCAUAAGGUGAUGGAGAGGACUGUGGAGGACCAGAACCAGCCAGGAACUCUGAUCCAGAUAGUGUUAAACCACAAGGACUGAUCAUUUUCUGAUCCACUGUGGUUUCACACCACAACACACCUCUGCUUUUACUGCUUUUCACCUGGUGUAUCAGGUGAAAAGUAGAGAAUAACUUUCUUGGCCGUUCAUGAGCAGCAGCUGUAGUUUAUCUAUUGAGGUAAUAAAGCUGCUAUAUCGCCGGUUUGUGGUUGGUCUGCUGACAGUAGAAAAGAGGGACAGUUGGAACAAGACGGCAGUGUGUGCCACUUUUAGUAAACUGACCAGUCUGGAUGUAGGAGACUAUUAUAAUAAAUUAUAAUGAAUUUACUUACAUCACAAUUUACAUUCUAUUAAAUGAACAUUACACUUUUUAUUUAAUUUUAUAACAUUGUUUUAGUACACUUAUUUGUACUACUUCCUCCAGGUAGAGUCUCUGCAGUGGUCAGAUGAAGAUUUAGCCAGAGCCAAGAUGCCAUUGUGCCAAUAUGUUCUCCUUCUAGCCUCCUCUUCCUGAGAGCAACACACUCCCCUUAUUCUCUUUUACUAAUUAAUUGUUACAAAUAUUGUUCGUUAAUCUUGUUCACAUAAAGUGUGCCGUGAGUUGUGUGGGUGUUGCUGGUGGAUCAUGUGUCCGUCCCACAUUCCACAAGUUGCAAUUCACCAAUCACAGCAAAGUUUCCUGAUGAGUGAUCAGUGUUUUAAUAAGGUGUGUACAUGUUUUAAAAAUAUUUGCUAAUAUUUUAAGACCCAUGCCGAGUGUCUUGAAAUCAGGGUCUUUACUUCCAGAGUCCUCCACUGGUUUUACACAUAACUGCAUUCAAGGAGAAGGAGCACACAAACAGUAUAAACAGGUAUGCCAUAAAUUGUUUAAUAAACUCUGUGUUACUCUGAA